AUGGAGUCCAAAAUAUUAGAUCGUAUCCAGCGAAUGCAAUUAACAGCAGACGAGGAUGAAGCCAUUACAGUACGUUCGUUGAGGAGAAAGGAGAUCCUAGAAGAAUAUUCUUUGAGUUUAAUUGGGAAGUUUCUUACAACUAGACUGAUUAAUAUUAGAGCCGCCAAGAACUUACUGAGAUCAACGAGGAAACUGGGGGAAGACCUGAAGGUGUUGGAACUAGGCGACGGACUAUUACAAUUCAAAUUUGCAAUGGAGAGCCAACUGAAUUGGGUUUGGAGUAACGGGCCUUGGUGUUUUGAUAACCACAUCCUGGCCAUGCGGAGAUGGGAAAAAGGCACUCGCGGCAGAACGGAAACAUCAAGAAACAACCAGAAAAGCUCAGAUCAAAGCCGGCGAGAACCUAAAGCUGAGACGACUCCACCACCGAUGCCAGCUGGACCUUUAGACACAUUAAACGCUGAUGCGUUAAAGCCGCAAAUUUCGGAAACUGUCUUGCCUAACCUGACACAUACAGUUCAGCAUUUAAAUCCUGUUCUCCCUCCCUCUAGCCAACCGUGGAGGCUAACGGGUAUUUACGGCUAUUCUGAUGAACAACAGAAGUCAGAGACAUGGAGGCUUCUUCGUCACUUAUAUAGUCGGUUAACACUUCCAUGGGUGUGCUUGGGAGAUUUUAAUGAGAUUCUGAGCUCGGAGGAGAAAAAUGGUGGACAGCCAAAGCCAUUGCCUCCUAUGCUAGAAUUCCGACGUACCUUACUAUUUUGUGGACUGAUUGAUCUUGGGUAUAGUGGAUACAGGUAUACUUGGCGAAAUGGGCGAGAUGAGGAAGAAUUUGUGGAGGAGAGGUUGGAUAGAGUGUGUGCAACGGUCACUUGGUCGGAGUUGCACCCAAGGGUGAAGGUGUUUCAUUUGACAACUACGUAUUUCGAUCAUGAUCCGGUACUGUUGGAUACACCACCGGUCUCUGCUCCUACUCCUCGACGUCAGCACAAACUCCACAGGUUUGAAGAGAAGUGGGCGUCUCACCCAGAGUGGGAUAAGAAUACUCAGUUCUUCCACCAUAGGGCAAGCCAAAGACAUUUGAAAAACACGAUAGAAGAGCUACAAAACAGGGAGGGGAUAUGGCAGACAUACUUGAGCAGAGUUAGUGACAUUGCUGAGGAAUACUAUACUGAACUUUUUACCACUUCCAACCCUAAUGGCAUGGAACGGGUCCUAGAUGCAAUAGACAAAGUGGUCACUGAGGAUAUGGCAAACCAAAUGACUCAACCGUACAUUGAGGAAGAGGUAAGAGUGGCUCUGUUCAGUAUGCACCCAUCAAAAUCACCUGGACCGGAUGGUAUGUCUCCUUUAUUUUUCCAAAAAUAUUGGCAUAUUGUUGGGCAUGAUGUAAUUCUUGCUGUAGUAUUUGAUCUGCACUUUGGUAGGCCCUUGAAGAAAAUGAACUUCACACAUAUUGUCCUCAUUCCCAAAAAGAAGGACCUACAGUCUAUCACGGAAUUCCGUCCUAUUAGCUUGAGCAAUGUUGUAUCAUGGGUUGUAUCCAAAGUACUAGCUAACAUGAUAAAACCCAUAUUACCUAAUGUUAUUUCUGAUGCCCAAAGCACUUUUAUCCCUGACAGACUCAUUUCAGAUAAUACUACUGUGGCUUUUGAGAUGCUUCAUAGGAUGAGAAAUAGGAGGAAAAGGAAGACCGGUCACAUGGCAGUCAAGCUAGACAUAAGCAAAGCCUAUAAUCGAGUGGAGUGGGAAUUCCUUAGGCGGAUCAUGAUGAAGAUUGGGCUGCCUGAACAAUGGGUAAACUUGGCUAUGGAAACGAUACGAACAGCCUCAUACUCCAUACUCAUCAAUGGGGAACCAAAGGGCUUUAUCACACCAACCAAAGGCAUUAAACAAGGUAACCUAUUAUCUCCAUACCUCUUCUUGCUUUGUGCUGAGGGGCUGUCCUCCUUGAUUCGGAAAGCAGCAGACACCAAUCAGUUGAAGGGCAUUUAUUCUUGCCGAGGCGAGGUACGUAUUUCUCACCUUCUCUUUGUAGAUGACAGCCUACGGUUUUGUGAAGCUAAGAGUGGGGAAUGCCAUCAACUACUUGAUAUCCUUACACAAUAUGAGAAGGCCUCAAGAUAG